AAUAAAAGAUCAUAAAUGGUCCUUGAGUUGAUUGUUGCCAGUUGCCACAACAAAGUCAAGAGAGAGAGACAGCAUAUUCUUUCUACAUAGGAACUAACAAACCUGUCACUGUUGUGUCUUUUUUCUCAGCUUAAUCACUCUUCUUUUGUAAUCUAUGAAAGAGGACUGGAAUUGCUUCACUUUGGACUUGAUCUUCUUCAAUGUUGCUCUGGCUUGCAUAGAUGGAUUUCUUGCUUUCAUUGCAUUUGCUCAGGUCCUCAGGAUUCAUAUGCGAAGUCAACAAAAUGAUUGGACACGCCAAAAAGUACUUCAUAUCAUGAUUGGCACUUCCAACUUGGGUUACUGUAUCUAUUUUACAAGUACUGUUUUUGCUACUUGUAAUGGGUGGAUUUGCUGGUCCGGUGCUUGCGGUUUUAUUCUUAUGGCCUCUCCCAAAGUCAUGUUUCUAGCGGCAUUUCUUCUCCUGCUAUCGUUCUGGGUCGACCUUUGCCAUCAGGAAAAUGAAGAAGAAUUCGAGGAGGAGGAGGAUAAUGUCGAGAAUAGGACCCAACAAGCUUUGUUGGAAGGUAUCAUGAGGGAAAAUGGUUCAGAUCCGAUGAAAAGCCACCGCAGAUGCUGCUCAGUCCAACGCAUUCACAUUGGUAUCCGACAAAAAUAUGUCAUAAUGGUUGUGGUUCUGAUCUUUGUCGUGAUGAUGGCAUUUGCUAUAUUGAUCUGCGUUGGAAACGACAGGAAUCCAAUAGAUCCGUCAAUUGUCGCUCGGGUAUAUGAAACAUUUCUUGCAGUAAUGACACUUAUAUUGGCUGGAGCAUUAGGGUGCUAUGGUCUCCUUCUAUUCUUCAAAUUAAGGAAAGUACGAUCUGAGACCGCUUCGUCAGAAAUGUGGAAGGUUGCGAGUUUAGCUAUUAUUUCUAUUAUAUGUUUUUCAUCAAGUGCAUUAGUAGCUCUGAACACAGAUAUCCCUCUUUUUUAUCAUUGGCAUUUAAAGUUCAUAUAUGGAGUUAAAGCUUUUAUUUUCUUGAUCCUUUACUAUUUUAUAGGUUCUUCUUUGCCGUCAGCUUAUUUGUUAUGGAUAAUUAGAGAAUUGCCGCCUCCUGUCACAGAUAGUAAACAGGAAGAACCAAGAAGAACAUUUACUUUCAUCAGCCACGCCUACGAGACUUCUGACUCAAACCAUCCUUUGUCAUGGGCUACUGCAACAAGUUCAAAGAAUCAGAUUACAUGCAGCCAUGCUGAAGAUAUCACAUGACCUUUGUUUCAUUGCAGAUGUCAAGAGCAAGCCCAAUAUGAGUAAAAUUUUGACUGAUUGAGCUCCUUAUAUUCCAACUGAUGAACAAGUAUUCUAACGACGAGUCCCAAAUACACGACGAAUUGUGAUUCUGAUAACUGACAAGGCAUUUGAUGAAGUACCUGUUAGUUGUCUUCCUACAGUCAUUCAUGUGGAGAUGCAUGGCUACCUUAGACUUCUCCUGAUAUGUUCCAACAUGCAGUGAUAUAUAUAUAAAAUAUAUGUUAUGUUACUUAUGUACAUAGCUGGAAUUUGUGUUCAUCUUUAGUACAAGGCUCCUUUGAUGCUAUGCAUGACUACUACAUUUUGUAAAUAUAAUAUAUGAUUGUAAUCAAAGAUAAAGUGCUUGUAAAUUAAUAGGAGUAAAAAACAUGUUAUGCUUCCCUUCAAAAAUUUAUGUGGUGAACCAAAGUUCUGUAUUAAAGUAAGAGUGGCACCAUUUGUUGGGAUUGCUCACACCAAACUGUGAAAUAAUUUUGAUAGUAUAAUUACUCUAGAUUGAUUUUUUUAUAGAAA